AAGAUCCUCACGUGCGUAGCAUGCGCGUGGCACGCACGCCUACACUGAUACUGAAGUCUUACUUGCUGCAUCACCACUCCACCUAGCCACCAAAUUCUCCCCGCCGAUCUCUCCCCAUCUCCCCUCUUUCUCUCUCUACAAUCCCCGGGUAUUCCUCCCCUGUAUCUCUCCCCCAUGGGCCUCGCCAGCAGCCCUUCGGAUCAAUGCUGCGCCGCCAUUCUCAAAUCUUUCGUAUUCUUUGUACUAAUAUCAGCCGUUGGAUUCACUGAAGCCUCGAUUCACAUCUACCACCGAGAUCCAUUCCGAGAAGUCGGCACCGCUUAUCUCCUCUCCGGCGGCAGCGAAGGCAUCGCCGCCUCCGCCGCCCAGCACGCCCGCUCUUACAUCCGAUUCGAGAACAUAACUUUCUGGAGGAGUAAAGAAGCUGCUGAGCAUCGCCCAGCUCUGGCCUACAAUGGUGGGUUGGUUCAGGUUGUUAUUUUUGAGGCAGCUGAUCGCGAUAAUAUUGGCGGAUCUCCUUAUGGUGGGCAGAGAUCGAUCUGUUGUACCCCGGAUCUUGCCAAAUUGGAAGGGUGCAAACAAGGAGAAGUAAUAAGAACACCGUCAGCAGCUGAUAGGAACUGGCCGGUUGUUAUCAGUGUGUAUUUUAGAGGAAACAUGUUAUCCGCACAUAUGAAAAAGAACAAAGAAGUCAACAUAAAGAGCACCGGAAUGUACAACUUAUUCUUCAUAACGUGUGAUCCAAAGCUUAAAGGACUGAGGGUAACAGGAAGGACAGUGUGGAGAAACCCUACUGGCUUUUUACCUGGUAGGAUGGCCCCUCUGAUGAAGUUCUAUGUAUUUAUGUCUCUUGCUUAUGCGAUACUUUGUGGCAUCUGGGUUUUCCAGUAUGUUAGACAUUGGAACGACGUUUUACUGCUGCAACACUGCAUCACUUCUGUUAUUGCUCUUGGGUUGUUGGAGAUGACAUUCUGGUAUUUUGACUAUGCAUACUUCAAUAGCUCUGGAACUAGGCCGGCUGGAAUCACAACCUGGGUUGUGACAAUUGGAGCGAUAAGGAGAACUAUUUCACGCAUUCUUAUUCUUUCUGUUGCUAUGGGCUAUGGUGUUGUGCGUCCAACCCUUGGCGGUCUAACAACAAAGGUGCUUCUAGUUGGAGUCACCUACUUCUUGGCAUCAGAAAUGCUUAACGUUGCAGAGUAUGUGGGAAGCAUAAAUGACAUAGCAGGACGAGUUAGAGUGUUUUUUGUCCUUCCAGUUGCAUUUUUGGAUGCAUUUUUGAUUUCGUGGAUUUUCACUUCUCUUUCAAAAACAUUAGAGCAACUACAGGCUAAAAGAAGUUCUAUUAAAUUGGAGAUAUACAGAAAAUUCUCGAACGCUCUAGCAGUUACUGUUAUUGCUUCAGUCGUGUGGAUAGGAUAUGAGGUUUAUUUCAAAGCAACAGAUCCCUUCAAUGAAAGGUGGCAGAAUGCUUGGAUUGUCACAGCUUUCUGGGAUAUUCUUGCAUUUGCCUUGCUCUGUGUAAUCUGCUAUCUUUGGGCUCCAUCGCAGAGUUGCCAAAGGUAUGCAUACAUGGACAAUAACGAAGGAGACACAGACGAAGAAGAAACAGAAUCGUUAUGUAAAGAAACACCUAAAGGCAGUAUCAGUUUAGUGAAGCAAGACAGGAAGGAUGACGAAACUUCUGAUCAAGAAGAGGCUGAAGAAGGUAAGACGGAAUAGCUGCUAUGUGAAUGAUGAUGAACAAUGGCUGCAGUACUAAGAGAGAACAAACUGAUUUGGAUGUUCAUGUAGACUUAUAACGAUAAGCAUAUUCAAUAUUAUUUUGUCAAAGUGUAUAGGCCAAAAGUGAAGCAUUGAUCCAUUGCAGAAAUUCACUUAUUUCUAUGAGUGUAUUGUAUCGAUAUUGUUUAUGGGAUUCAGGUUUUCUGAGACAAUUGCUAGUCAGUCAGGUGUUACGAGCUCCUUUUUGUAGUAUUGUUGUGUAGUAUAAUGACACUAACAAACCAUGGAAUUUCUCUACAUUUGUACCUGUUACCUGUAUGUAGAAGUGAUGUCUUUUUCUUUUUUGUAGUUGAUGAAAGUGAAUAUUAACAAUACAUUUAACAA